CACAGCACGUUUUUUGAAUCCUCCAAGUUCUCGACCUUUCCUACGUACACUACAUUUCUUUUAGACUUUCCCGUCUUGAUGCAGAUCUUGUCGGAAAUUUGUGUUCAAGUUACACCUCGUUCGUGCCGUUUGAACCUGUUUUCGUCUGUUCUCUUUUCUUUUUCUUGUCUCUCCUUACCAGCUAUUGUAUCAUAGCCAGCAUGUUCUGUCUUUUCAACAAUUAUUGAUCUUAUGAAACUCUCCUUAAUGAUAUUUUCCAAUGCUGAUGUCUUCUUGGAGGUAUCUGGUCUUCGCCCUAUUGCCUAUCCUCGGCCUUCCUGAGCAGACUUUGGCUUCAGCAACUUCAUCAACUUCGUCAACCCCUGUCCCUCCUCUCACUGUCCUUCCAAGUGGUAAUUGGAAUGGUAUUGACGGGAAUUGGUCAAGUUUCUGGCUUACAGUGGGAACACCUCCUCAACCUAUCUUGGUCUUCAUAUCAACAGCAAGUAACCAACCUUGGGUCGUAUCACCGGAUGGCUGUACUUCAUCAGACCCAGGAACAUGUUAUAGCUCGAGAGGUUUGAAUUUUAAUUCAAACUCGUCUACCACAUGGGUACCAAACACCAUUAAUCCCGAAGGUGAAUUUGCUUUGGAAGUUGAGUCAAGUCUAGGCCUUACUGGCAAUGGAGACUAUGGCAACGAUACCAUCGUGUUGGGAUCCCCGGGCAGUGGAUCUCCCUCCUUAAGCUCACAAGUGCUCGCAACGAUCGCCACUCACGACUUUUGGCUGGGUCUUUUUGGUCUUAAUCCGGCACCUACAAAUUUCUCGAGCAAAACUGAAGCUGUCCCAAGUUAUAUGUCCAAUCUCAAGUCUCAAGGCCAUAUCCCAUCAUUAUCAUAUGGUUACACUGCAGGUGCUUAUUAUCGUAAUGGUGGGGGAGCCAAUGGUGGAGGAGUCUUAGGCAAUCUUACUUUAGGUGGUUAUGAAGAAUCUCUCUUUGUACCAAACAAUCUUACUGUCGAUUUUGCCACUUCUGGCGAUGACUUAACGAUUGAUGUCAAUGCAAUCACGAUUAAAUCACCGAGCGGGACGUCGCAAGUCGUAUCAUCGCCAUCAUCCUCUUUUCCAGCUUUCAUUGACUCAUCGGUCCCAUACCUAUAUCUACCAACAAGUAUAUGCCAAAAGUUCGAAGAAGCUAUUGGUAUUACCUAUGAUUCAGAAUCAGAACUGUAUUUACUGACUGAUGCUCAACACACUGCACUUGUCAACCGAAAUGCCUCUGUUGUAUUUACUCUCACAAAUUCGACGUCCAAAGCCAUGGUAAAUAUCACACUCCCAUAUGCUGCUUUCGAUUGGUGGGCCGAAUAUCCUCUUGUACAAAACAGUACUCGUUAUUUCCCACUCAAACGAGCAGCCGAUAAUUCACAAAUCACACUUGGACGAGCAUUUCUCCAAGAGGCAUACCUGAUUGCUGACUACGAACGUUCCCAAUUUUCCAUUCAUCAACGCAAUUGGACCACAUUCUAUCCCACCUCAAAUCCAACGCCAAUCUUUCCCCUUAACAACCCCGCACCAUUACCUUCCUCUUCAAAAUCAAAGAUUUCGGCUCCUGCCAUAGCAGCCAUUGUACUCGCAAUUCUUGCUUCAAUAGCUUUAACCCUUUGUCUGACAAUUUUCAUUCUUCGCCGUGUACAUCAACGCAAACAAACUCCUGGACGGUCCAACACCGUUUCCACCUUCGCAUCAACUUCUCGAAGUCUCUCGAAGAAAGAAUCGUUCCGAUCUGCUCCCUCUUCUCCUUUGCCUCUUCCCUUCAUAUCUAGCAAAGACAAAGCGGACAAAAAAUCUAAACACGUCUCUAAUGCGCCUUCGGAGCUAAGUUUCUUCGACAAGGGCACUAAUUCUGUUCUUUUAACACCAUCCAAUCGCUCAUUGGUGUCUCUAAACAUUGGUAAAGCCAUUGGAAGCCCCAAUCUCACACUCAACCCUCAAUAUAACAACUCCGGUGUUUCUAUCUCCCGAAACCCCAGCCAUAGCAAUGCAGCGGAUACUAUCUUUAACAAAAACCUCAAUUUGGUCCCCGCUGAACCAAAACCCGCAUUCCAUCUCGCAAGUCUUUCUACACGUCGUAAAGAGCGUAAGAAGAAGAGAAAAGAAAAGGCUCAAGAGAUAUAUGAAUUGAGUGGUGGUAGCGAUGCUUUAUGCUGGGCCGAAAUGGAUGAGAUGGAUGAAGAACUAGAGGAAAUGGACAUGGAUAGCCGUGCAAGUAGUCCUGCUUUAAGCGCACUUAGUUUUGCAAGCGAUGCCGCUCUCAUCACAUCUAAUCCCGAAAAACCAAAACCAUGGAUGGAUAACGAUCGUGAAAUCCGUGGGAGUGGAAGUAUCAUGAAUAUGGGCAUGAAUCGAGACAGUGGCAUGGAACGCAUGAAUCGAAUGGACAAAGAAGCAGAAGCAUAUCGGGAACGAAGCGGCGGUCAUAGUCAUCCCGGGAUGGGAAAUGAUACUGUGACGACGAACAAUAGUCGUGGGAGGGAAUCACACUUUACGAACACUACGAUGGGAAUGGAUACUCCGACCGAUGGGGUUGGAACGGGGGGGACCUGGGAAUUUGAAAAAUACUUGGAUUCGAGUAGAUUGCCUUGGGUGCAGAGAGGAAGCGGUUUGGGCGUGGUGAUUGAGCCUCCUUCGCCGGUGGCGCAGCCUGUUGCGGCGAUACCGGCGUUGAGAGAAGGAGCUCAGACCCCGGGUAAGAAAGUGGAAAUUGUGAGAGAUUCAAUGAGGAGUCCGGGACAGAAGAGAGAAAGUGAGAAAGGGGUCAUUUGGGGAAGAUUCUGAGAUCUUUUGCUCGCAGACUUAUUUGAUAUCCAUGUUGAUGUCACGCUGUGAUAAUGUAACACAUCUUGUAAGUUAGUAUUUGGAAAAGAAAGAAAGGAGAAAAGAAAAUCGGAAUAUUUAUGGAUUACGAAUGGGAGGGAUUUUAUAUAUUCAUGUAUUUGCAUAGGUAUCAUUAUCUUUUUCUUUCUACAGGAAAUCUUGGGAGUCGGGAUAUAAGCGGGACAAGGCUUUAGGAAAGGGAUUUGGAAGAUAGUUUCAUGAUUUGAUACCUGGGUUUGAAGGAAGGGGUUUUAUUACUUUCUUAUGGUUAUAUUGUUUAGCAAUUGAAAGGAAUCAUGAAUCAUUGAUAUC